AUGGAUAGCCCCAACAAUUUCUGCCGCCUCUGUGGCGCGGUGCUACGCGGGAACCAUCGGCGAUGGCUCUUCAGCCGCAGCAGUGGCAACUCGCGUCCCGACCUGCUGGUGGUGCUGUCGUAUGUCCUCAGCCGAGCGCCACCCCAGCGCGGCGACGGGCAGGGAGAGUUCUUGUGCGGAAAAUGCACGCAGGCCUUGAGCCGAGUGUACCGGUUCGAUACCGUCAUUACCCGGGUGCAAGCUCUCUCUAUCGACCGCCUCCAGCGCCUGCUUUCCGAAAAAGACCAGCUGGCCCGCUCCCUGCGCCACAUCCAUGCGCGGCACUUCCCGGAUGACGACGCCUCUGUCUCCUACGUAGGCCAAGAGAUCUCGGCCAGCAUAGCAGACUUGCCACAUGUCCGGUACCAGCGGCUCUUGCAGGAUGACAUGGCCCUGUCUGAAUACGAGUGCUGGGCAAGCGAUGCCGGCAGUAGCCAGCCGGGAAUGCCGUGCCGCAACCAGCAGUGCCGCGGCUGCCACGGGCUCCGGGUAGCGGACUCCGAUUACGAGUGGGUGUGCCGGACCCCGAGGCGGCUGGGGAUGUUGUCUCCAAUCCUCCCUCUCUGCCGGGACAAGUCCCAGAGCAUGCCUACGGUGCAUCGCGCCAACUCCCAGGCCUCCUUCCGGUCGCAGAGCCUGGGGGAUGCCGAGUCGUGUUCGAUGGUGUCCUUGGAUACAUUGCCAGAGCCGGAUCUGGCCUGGGAGGCCCUGAGGGCCCUGAGGGGCAUUAGCAGGAAGCAGCUGAGAGCACCAGAGGGCAGCAAGAUCCCAGUGCUGGCAGGGAACAGGCGCAUGUCCACACCCCGGAGGGAGAGCCCCUUGGGGGAGGAUGCUUUUGAAGAAGUGGUGGAUGAGUUUAUGCCGUUGGAGUCAAAGCUCAAAGCUCAGCAGAUGCUCCACCAGGACCUCCAAGGGGCUUUCAACACCCUGAAGGAACGACUCGAAGCAGCCGAAGAGGAUCUCAGGAGCUUUCGGGAGAAGCAGGGAGAGGCUGCUGUUCAGGAAUCUGGAAUUCUACUCGAGAAGACUAUGAAUAGCCAAGAACGGCUGAUCCAACAGCUGACAAGAUGCCUUCAAAGCAAGGAAGAGGUGUUACAGGAUUGUCUGGUCAUCUUGCAGUCCCUUGGAUCUCCCAACAAGCCCUAUGUGUUGGAAGCCCAGAUAAACCAAAUGGCCCAGCGCCUGAAGGAGAGAGACCAAGUUUUAGAGAAGACCUUGUCCAGUCACUUCUUGGCAUUGGAGUCGGUGCACCGAGAGCUGAGGCAACUUCAGGAGGCUCUGAAGGACAAAGAUGCGGACCUGGCAAGACUCAGUGCAGCCCUCCGCACGGGAGAGGAGACCCUUCAUGCCUUGCGUGAGGUACUGCACCAGAAGGAUUGGGAGAUCAAGCGCCUGGAAUCGCUCUGUGCCUCAACCCGGGAAUCCUGGCAACAGCGUGACCAAACUUUACUCCUGGCCUUGAAAGAGAAGGAGGCCUUGAUCAAAGCCCUCCAGCAAGCACUUAGCAGUAGCACCAAGGAUGUGGAGGCCCUUGCAAAUUCCCUCGGCAGCCCGGACUUUGCCCCAGGGCUGCUCCAGCGAAUCCAGGAGAAGGAAGACUUGCUAGCCCGGUCCUUGGCUGACCAGGAGCAGAGCCAAGCCCAGUGGCAAAGACGUGUGCAGGCGACCGAAGAUGCAGCUGCGGCCAGGGAACGAGAACUGCAGGAGCAGCUGCGUCAGCAGUCCCAGGAUGCCCAAGAACGAUCGCAGGAAGCUGAAAAGCUACGCAAGGGCCUGGUGCAGGCAGAGGCAGAACUGGCCCGGGUGGCCACGGCACUGGAGGACUGUCGCGUGGAACUGGCUCGACUCCAGGGGACGGGGGAUGUGAAGGACCUUGCCCUGGAGAAAGUUUUGCGAGAGGGAGAGGAGAAGGACCGGAUCCUGAGGACACUGCAGGGGCGCUUGUUGAGGAGGGUGAAGCAGGUGCCAGGCGCAGAAGUUUCAAGCCGGAUUCUUCUGCCUCCCACUUGACCUCAAGAGUUCCAGAAAUCAACUGGAGAAAAUGAAAUGGCACUUCAUCAGCGAAGACACUGUGCAGGGAUAGAUAAAUAGACUGAUUGUUUGAUUGAAUGGAACUGUCACUU